CAUAUAUCUGUACAUUCUCUUUUCCCGCCAAUCUCUAUCUUUCUCCGUCACAAGAGAAAAAUGUCCGAUAGUCCGUUGCAGUCUCUCUUCCAAACCUCACAGAAACUCUCAAAUUGUAUCCAAACCCAUCUCUUCAAUUUCACAGGCCAAUCUCCCCACCAAUCACUCUCUAGCAAAACCCCUCUCUUCUCCAUCUCCUCCUCAUCAUCUAAAGUAAACCCGCCAAACACAGAUACUUCCCCUCUUCAACCCAAAGACAUUCUCAAUAAGGGAAAAUCUACUGGACCUGUGACUAAAGAGGAGCUUGGAAGAGCUACUUGGACUUUCCUUCACACACUUGCUGCUCAGUAUCCAGAAAAUCCAACCAGACAACAGAAGAAAGAUGUGAAAGAAUUGAUGGCAAUAUUAUCUCGUAUGUACCCUUGCAGGGAAUGUGCAGACCACUUUAAGGAAGUUUUGAGAGUGAAUCCUGUACAAGCUGGAUCUCAUACUGAAUUCUCAUUAUGGUUAUGCCAUGUUCAUAACAUAGUUAACAGAAGCCUUGGCAAGCUGAUAUUUCCCUGUGAACGAGUUGAUGCAAGGUGGGGCAAACUAGAAUGUGAGCAAAGAGCAUGUGAUCUUCAAGGAACCACAACAAAUUUUACUGCAGAUUAGCACGUGUGAUGCAUAGAAAAUAAAAAUUGGAUAGGAAAAAGAAAAUCAUGUUAUGAUCUAUUGGUUUAUUUGUAUAUGAAUAUAGAAAACACGAUUGAUUUUAUUGGUCUAACUUAUGAUUUCACUA